CCCAAACAGGCAGCACCGCUCUCAGACUCUCCAGGCAGAAAAGCAAGGCACCGAGAAGGAAGUUUCAGUCUUGCAGUUUUUUCUGGGUCGUGGAGAAACUGAAAGAGAAAAUGGCUUUCGGCAAAAGGAAAGCAGAACCCAGAAAUGUCUGCCACAACCGUGAGGAUCAAGAGCUACGGAUCAUCCUUGUUGGGAGGACUGGAGGAGGAAAAAGUGCCACAGGAAAUACUAUUCUGGGGGAAAAGACAUUUGAGUCUCAACUUUCCCAAAAGCCAGUGACCCAGACUUGCCAGAGAGAGGAACGUCAAGAGACGUGGAAGGGAAAGCAAGUCAUUGUCAUUGACACUCCAGCCAUUUUCGACAACCAUGUUCAAGAACCAUGGGUUUCCCAGGAGAUCCAGAAGUGUUUCUCUCUGUGUGAGCCAGGCCCCCACGCUCUGGUGUUUGUGACACAGGUAGGUCGUUUCACCGAGGAGGACAACGUGGCUGUGAAGAGGGUGGAGGAGAUCUUUGGCCAUGAGGCCAUGAAGUACAUGACUGUCUUAUUCACUCGUAAGGAAGACCUAGGCACUGGAAAGCUGAAGAACUACAUAAAGCAGUCAGACAACCGUUCCCUUCAGGAUUUGGUCAAGAGGUGUCAGGACCAUUACUGUUCUUUAAACAACAAAGCAACAGGAAAUGAAAUGAACACCCAAGUUGACAAGCUUCUCCACAAGCUUGUGGAGAUGAUGCAGGGGAAUUUGAAGAAGCCGUACCUGGAGUUUCCCAGGCAGACUAAGAGGCGGUCAAUACGAGAGGCUGGAGAGGAACUUGAAUCGUACUCAGAAAAACCUGCAACAGAAUGUGAGAAAAGGGCCUCCCAAACCACAGAGAAAUCCAAGGAAGAAGAAUGGCAGCUGAUCACUACAGCAGAACCCAGAAAGGUCUUCCACAACCGUGAGGAUCAAGAGCUACGGAUCAUCCUUGUUGGGAAGUCAGGAGGAGGAAAAAGUGCCACGGGAAAUACUAUUCUGGGGGAAAAGACAUUUGAGUCUCAACUUUCCCAAAAGCCAGUGACCCAGACUUGCCAGAGAGAGGAACGUCAAGAGAAGUGGAAGGGAAAGCAAGUCAUUGUCAUUGACACUCCAGCCAUUUUCGACAACCAUGUUCAAGAACCAUGGGUUUCCCAGGAGAUCCAGAAGUGUUUCUCUCUGUGUGAGCCAGGCCCCCACGCUCUGGUGUUUGUGGCACAGGUAGGUCGUUUCACCGAGGAGGACAACGUGGCUGUGAAGAGGGUGGAGGAGAUCUUUGGCCAUGAGGCCACAAAGAACAUGACCGUCCUAUUCACUCGUAAGGAAGACCUAGGCACUUUAAGCCUGGAGGACUACGUAAAGCAGUCAGACAACCGUUCCCUUCAGGAUUUGGUCAUGAGGUGUCAGAACCGUCACUGUGCUUUCAACAACAAAGAGGCGGGAGAGGAAAGCAUCCUCCAGGCUGAACAGCUGCUGGACCAGAUUGAGAAGACGGUGCCGGAGAAUUGCGAGAAGCCACCUCCCAAGGGGCUUUCAGUGAACAGUGUAGAAUGGAAAGCAGAGGAAGGUCAAACUGUCAGAAGAGAAGGUUCUAGAGGAUGCUGGGAGAAGGAUCCUAAAGAAGAGAGAUCAGAUGAAGGAGCUCCGGAGCCUGAGACCCAGAGCCUGAAGGACCCAGAGAUUCGGAUUGUGCUGGUUGGGAAAACGGGAGCUGGGAAAAGUGCCACCGGAAACACGAUUCUCGGCAUGGGGGCAUUUGAGGCGGGCAUCCAAACCGAGUCCUGUCACUUGGGAAUCAGGGAAUGGAAAGGGAGGCGGGCUGUCCUUAUUGAUACUCCAGCUUUUUUUGACCUUGAGAACGACACGGCCAAGAAUUCCCCUGAGGCCCAGCACUGCCUCUGUCUUUCCAGACCAGGCCCUCAUGUGCUGGUACUGGUGGUCCGCUCGGAUCAUCACACAAAGGAAGACGAGAAGGCAAUAGAGUGGGUCCGGAAGAUAUUCGGCAGCGAAGCCAUGAAGUACACCAUUAUUGUAUUCACUAGACGAGAUUUAAAUAGUCGACCAUUGAAAGAGUGCCUGUCAGACCCAGAUUACACCGUCCUUCAGAGCAUGACCAAUCACUGCAAUGGCCGGUGGUGCUCCUUCAACAAUGAAGAGGCAGGAGGAAGCCAGGUGGAGGAGCUGCUCUCAAAGGUUGAAGAGAUGGUGCAGGAGAACCAGUACGGUUUCCUCAGCACCUCUAGAACGGCCCAACUUCCCAGGGUUCCUCCAAGGAAAACUCAGGACGAGACAGAGGUGGAAGAAGAAGAACAAACGGAGAUGCUUGUGGCCGCGCAGGAGGCAGCAGACCUGGGAGGAGACGGCUGCCUGGCUCAAGGGCCUGAAUUGAGGAUUGUACUCGUUGGCAAAACUGGAUCUGGGAAAAGUGCAGCAGGAAACGUAAUCCUGGGGAGUAAAAUAUUCAACUCUUGUCCAUCGUCUUCUUCAAUAACUGCAGUGUGUGGAAAGCAAGAAACUUAUCGUAAUGGCAGGAAAAUUGUGGUUGUUGAUACUCCUGGGUUUUUUGACACGAAAUAUUCAACAAAUGAGGUUACUUGCAAGGAGGUUAAAAGAUGUGUGACGUACAGCUCCCCAGGCCCUCAUGCCAUUAUACAAGUGGUUCAGCUUGGCCGUUUCAGCGAAGAGGAGAAGGCGGUUGCUCAAUUAAUCCAAGAUGUUUUCAGCCUCAGAGUAAAAGCGUACAUGAUCAUCUUGUUCUCCCGAAAAGAAGAUCUGCAAGGCAAGUCUCUCUGGGAUUUCAUUUCUAAUGGAGACAAAGAUCUUAAGGAACAGGUCGCUCAAUGUGGGGGUCGCUGCUUCGCUUUCAACAACAAGGCCGAAGGGCAGGAAAAGGAGGCCCAGGUGUCUGAGCUCCUUCAGAUGAUUGAUGCCCUGGUGGAACAGAACAGAAGUGCUCCGUGUUAUACAGAAGAGAUGCUAAACAAUGACCAAGCAGAAGCAAUUCAGAUGUUUCAGAGGUCCAGACCUUCACAGCAGCUGAUGUGUAACUUGUUCUAAUGCAGAUAACACAGGCCAUUGAAGGCCUCCCAUGCCCACCACUUCAGUCGGCUUCCUGGCUCACAUUAAUCUAGGGCUGUUGAUGAUCAACAUGGAACCCAGAAAUGUAAUGACUCCACCCAGCUAUUUGCUGGACUAGAGACAUUUGCCUGUAGAAAGCACAAGAUGUAUUCCAUUCCUUCUUUUCCCUUUAGCACCUUGCCCUUAUAGCCAGUUCAAGUACAUUUUAACCAAUGCUAUACAAUGCUUUGAUUUCUGCACUUCUUCUGUGUAAUGAGUAUUACUAUUAUUAAACAUACUCCUUGCUUUAGAGA